UUCAUCUGUUUCCAUGGAAACAUACACUUCCUGUUGGUGGCAGCCUCGGAAGUUAUUGUGCUCCCCGCCCCGCGCACUGACGUAAGUCCUUCCGGGUGGUUGCUUCCUUCCUUUUGGUGUCGGCCAUUAGUUUGAGCAGGAGGUCACCUUGUGACAGCAUCAAUCCCGCAAAAUGCAGAACGACGCUGGUGAAUUUGUGGAUCUCUACGUCCCCCGUAAAUGCUCAGCGAGCAACAGAAUCAUUGGGGCCAAGGACCAUGCCUCCAUCCAGAUUAACGUCGCCGAGGUCGACAAAGUGACAGGCAGAUUCAACAGUCAGUUUAAGACCUACGCCAUCUGUGGAGCCAUUCGUAGGAUGGGUGAAUCCGAUGACUCCAUUAUGAGACUGGCAAAAAAUGAUGGCAUUGUUUCAAAUUUAGGGGUAGUAUGAGCUCCAGUUGACUAGGACGAGGCUGCAGGGAGUGGAAGGAGUCUGUAGACUAAAGUUAUGUUGGUAUCACUUUAUGCAGAGUCAUUUAUUAAACUAAACUGAACUGUAAUUUGAUGGCAUCUGUCUCACAGCCCUAUCAUUUAUUUUUUUAAAGGAAUUUCUGAGACGAGACUGUGGAAUUGAGAGGAGGAACUCGACAAAAAAUAAAAAAUGUUA